GGAUCAUAAAUGAUGGACUGCGUCACAGCAGAUGCAAUAAGGAAGAGCAGAGCGAGGGUUAGUCAUUAGACUUUAAACCUGAGAACUGAAGGUGCUUAGUUUCUAGGGAUUCACGUUGAAAAAGGCUGAAGAUGAGUGACAUUGAGGACGACACUGAGAUUUCCUUCUCUGUGAAAUUCCUGGACCGUGUGGAGGUGGUCCGUCCAGACGGGAUGGAGAUCCUGAUGGAGGCAGCAGCAGCUCUACAGAACCCCGACAGAGCAGUGAGUGAGAAGGUGAAGAAGAAGAAGACCAAAGUGCACCUGUUCCUCUCCAGGAGCGCCAUCGACAUCCUCGAGCAUAAAACGAAGUUCAUGCUCUAUACGUGCUCUCUCUCCUCCGUCUCGUUCUGUGCUGUUCAUCAGACGCAGCCUAAACUCUUCGGCUUCAUCGCUAAACACCCGGCAGUCGACACCUUCCACUGCUACAUCUUCCAGAGCAGGAAGUUUUCCCACCUGAUGGUGUCAGUGAUUGGAGACGCGUUUCGUGCAAGUCGGCAGAGUACGAAUCUGAGAGGGAGUCGGGAUCUGGUGGUGGAGGCUCUCAGACACAAGAAUAAUGUCCUGCAGAGAGAAAACACUGAACUGAAGAGGAAACUGCAGGACAAACAUGGAGACGACUCUGACACAGAGCAGACCAACUCGCACGUGAGAUUCAGCUCCGGUGGGGGUUUCCUGAGGAACACCUAAGAGAGAGAGCAGGAACGAAACUUCAAUAUGAAUAUUUAAUACUAAUACUGAUACACAUACUAAUAGUAAUACUGAUACUUUUUCAUAAUAAUGGUAGAAUCUGUUUUGCUGCUAAAUAAAUAUUUGCUGUUGUAUUGC